UCCUCAGCACUUUUUAUUGCUGCAUUGUUAACACUAUGAGUUGAACACACAAAUACACAAACCAAGUCCUAUUUAAGGUCACAGCAGUAGAAGCCAAUGACUGAGAACCAGACGGCAACAUGCUCGUUUUACUUGGAAUAACAAAGAAGACACCACACUGGCAGAUGAAGAUGCCAGCCUCUGCUGGGGCGCUAAUGGAACCUCAAAUAAAAAGGAAACUUAAGAAAGUUGUCUUUGCUGUUCUCUGAUGACCUCUUCACUCACAAAGCACAUCAUGACAAGGAAGCUGUCCAAAACUGAUGACCAGCCAAAACCCCUCUGGGAAACCCCUUUGUUUAAUAGUUGUCUUUACAUUAACUUAAUAUUUCAUAUCAGGACUAAAGACAUCCGUACAUUCAAAUAAGACACUAAAGAAAAAAUUGAAGAGCCAGGAGCAAAGAUGGUUGUGAAAAAGUGGUUUCAGUGUCAGAUGUGGAAGUUGUUGCUAGUGAACACUUUAUCAUGUGGCCUGGAGGUGUGCAUGGCUGCAGGGACUGUCUACAUCCCACCUCUACUGCUGCAGGCCGGCAUGGAGGAACGCUACAUGACUAUGAUGCUUGCUGUGACUCCAGUUUUGGGCUUGAUCUUUAUACCCAUGAUUGGCUCAGCUAGUGAUUCUUGGAGAGGGCGCUUCGGUCGACGCAGGCCCUUUAUCUGGAUCCUGAGCCUGGGAGUUUUGCUAGGCCUGCAAAUCAUUCCCCAAGCCAGGCGGCUGACUCUACUGAUUUCACCACAGCACCCUCACUGGGUGCAAGCUGGCGUGCAGGCUGCAGCUGUGUGUCUUGUCGAGUUCUGUGCACAGGCCUGUCUCACCCUACUGCUUGCCCUGCUGUCAGACCUGUUCCCCGGGGAGGAAGAAAACCGAAAAGCAUUCUCAGUUAAUUCCCUGAUGACAAGCCUGGGGGGAUGCUUGGGGUUUUUGCUUCCUGCCGUGGACUGGAGCCAGGCGCCCAUAGCAGCAUAUUUGGGAGGGCAGGAGGCCUUUGUUUACACCCUGCUCACCCUCCUAUUUUUCAGCUGCCUCCUCUCCACAACCUGCAUCAGGGAGGAAGCAGGAGUCAGAGGAGAGAGGAAGAUUCUUGUUCAUCCCCCUUUAAAAAGUUUGAGGAGCAGAUGCUGCCCGUUCCCCUUCCUACCUCGGCCUCGUUGUUUACGUGAUGUGCUGUGUCGAUGUGCAUCAGAGAGUCUUUCAAUGCUGCAUCAUUUGUAUGCGGUGUGCAUACAUGUGCCACAGGUCAUAUGGAGACUUUUUGUGGCAGAGGUGUGUAGUUGGAUGGCACUGAUGAGUGUUAUGCUCUUCUUCGCUGACUUUAUGGGGGAGGGAUUGUACCAGGGAGUGCCGGGUGCAGAUCCAAAAUCACAGGAAAGGAAACACUAUGAUGAAGGUGUGCGCAUGGCCAGUCUGGCUCUCUUCCUGCAGUGUGCCGUGUCGGUGCUGUGCUCUACGCUAAUGGACCGCUGGGUGGCUCUGCUGGGAGCCAAAGUGGUAUACAUUAGUGGGGUGGCUCUUCUGCUGUUGGCCACCACCGUCAUGAGUGUCUCAGACAGUGUGAUGAUGGUCACUGUCAUGGCUGCUGUGACGGGGUACACACUCUGUGUCCUGCAGGUGCUGCCAUACACACUGCUGUGUCUCUAUCACUCAGACAGACAGAUUUUCUUCAAGUCAUCCAGACCCAGACCUCUUGAGCGGACUGAAAGUAAUGACUCAACACUUACUAAGCCUGUUCCCUCAUGUGGUCCACCUGCUAAGCACCAAGCAGUGGGGCUGAUACUUCCUGUGGCAGAGCCCUCGGUUGAGUCGCCACAUCUAUCACUUUUGGUGGCUGGAGGUGAUAGAGCUGAAGCAGAUUCCACACAAGUCUCAAACAGAGGGAUGGGCUUUGACAUGGCAAUACUGGAAGGCGCGUACCUUCUCUCCCAGGUGCUGCCAGCCAUGUGCCUCGGUUCCAUAGUGCAGCUGACUAACAGCGUGAGGGCGUACAUGGCCUGCGCCUGCUGCUUCAGCCUGCUGGCUUUGCUCUUUGCCAGAAGAGUUGUCUACAGCCAUGCUGACCUCCAGUGUUGAUCGAGUCUCCAUCAGGAACAUCAGCCGACACAAGAGUCAUGUGCUGGAAACAGUGGAUCCUGAGUGUUCUCGUGUGGGGGAACAUAGAGCAUUCUUCAGGUUUUUUAUAGACAGUCAAGGACCUACUGCAGCUUGUUGGAUAUAAAGCAGUCACAUAAGAAUCAUGCUGCCACUUUACGAUCAUACCACAUGCCAAAUGUAGUGGGUUUUUUUUAAUACAAUACGGUCUGUGAAUGCUGUGUUACCAUCACUCUUAUUGUGAGUUAAAUGACACAGCACACAGAAUACACUGUAUCAAAUAACUUUUUUUUUUGUAUUCUUGGAUAGGGAAUGACAGGGAAUGAUAUCCUGCCGUGUGCUGUUGCUAAGAAACAACACUGGAGUCUUGACACUGCUUGUGUGGUGCAUUCUGCUGCAGUCUCCUCAUCCAUAUGCUCAGCUUGGCUGCUAUGGAGAUUCAUUUACAGCUAGCAUGUAACCUAAUUACCCA